AUGCCAAAAUAUUAUUGUGAAUAUUGUGAUAAGUAUCUUACACAUGAUUCACCAUCAGUUAGAAAAUCACACACCAUUGGUAAGGUGCAUCAACAAGCUGUAACACUAUAUUAUAAACAAUUCGAAGCAGAAUGGUUUAAGAGUCAAAUGCAACAAAAAGGUGGUCAAGUACCUAUGAUGCCACCAUUUGGUAUGCAACCAGGUCUAUUACCACCAAAUAUGGUACCAGGUCAAUUCAAUAUUCCGAUGAUGCCUCCAGGACAAUUCCCAUUCCCACCACCACCAGGUCAACCAAUGGGUGGCAUGCCACCACACCAACAACAACCAAUGAGUUUCAAUCCACAUCAUCCAUAUCCACCUCCACAUCUUCAACAAUCGGCACAACAAUUCAAUAGCAAUAGUCCACCAUCAAACAAUGAUCAGUAG